CAGAAAAUUUACCCGGUCGUCGAAUUUUAGCGCGCGAUCCAGUUCCAGAUCCAGAAGAACCAGAACAGUGAGAACACACUCAACACAGACUACAGUAACAGACAAAGGAUUUGAUUUAUUUUUUAUUAUAAUUAAUUGUUGAAAUUCUAGUAAAAUGCCUAACUUGACAGAAUUGUGUGAAAAAUUCUUCAAAUGUCGUGAUUUCUACGAGAUUCUACAAAUCUCUAGAACUGCAUCAGAGAAAGAAGUUCGUAAAGCCUAUCACAAACUGUCUCUGCAAGUCCAUCCUGAUCGAGUGAAGGAUGACGAGAAGCUUGAUGCAACAGAACGUUUCAAAGUUCUGGGAAAAAUUCACUCUAUUCUUAGUGACUCUGAAAAGCGAGCUGUCUACAAUAGUACUGGUAAAUGGGAAGAAGAUGAUGAUUCAGACGAUAUGGAAACCAAGGAUUGGGGUGCGUACUGGAGAAGCCUGUUCAGGGAAAUUACAAUCGAAGAAAUCAACAGUUACGAGAAAAAAUACAAAGGUUCGGACGAGGAGACGGCCGACCUGAAGCGCGCCUACAUGUCGCGUCAGGGUGACAUGGACCACAUCCUGGAGGCGGUGCCGUUCACUCACACAGAGGAGGAGCCCCGCCUCAGGCAGAUCAUAGACGGGCUCAUCGCCAGCGGAGACCUGCCCGAGUUCCCCGAGUGGAACAACGAGUCACCCAAGAAGAAGGAGCGUCGCAGGAAACGGUGGGAGAGAGAAGCCCAGGAAGCAGCCAGACUAGAGGCGCAACACGAGAAGCAGCGCAAGCGUCGCUCGUCAAGCGCUGUUGCCGAAUUGAACGGCAGUCUCGAAAACGCGCUGCUUGAACGCAGAAAACAGCGCGAAUCUCAAAUGGACAGUCUGCUAGAAAGUCUCACCGCCAAAUACUGCAAUCCCAAGCCUAAGAAGCGUUCCAGCACACGCAAAAAGUGAACUUCCAUGUCAUGAAACUGUGGUUUUUAAUAAGAUAUUAAGUGAGAGACUGUUGAUUGUUUGUAGGGUAAGGUUUACGUUUGUAGAACUUGGUAAGAUUUUCAUUUCAGUUGUGGUUUUUCAAGUAAAAAUGGUCACAAUUCUGUUGUCAAAACAAGGUUUUUAAUAAGAUAUCAAGUGAGGGACUGUUGAUUGUUUGUAGGGUAAGGUUUACUUUUGUAAAACUUGGUAAAAUUUUCAUUUGUUGUGCUUAUUCAAGUAAAAAGGGUGUCUGAUCACUACCUCCGUAAACAGAGGUUUACGGAGGUAGUGGUCUGAUCUGGCACUCGUAAUAGGGGGGGGGGGGGGGGGUUGACUUGAAUCAUGUUUUUCUAUAAAAUAUAAAUUGGCAGACUGUUGUUUGUUGGAUAAGGUUUUCGGGUGUACAACUUCAUAAGAUUCUCAUUUCAGUUGUGGGUUUUCAAGUAAAAAUGGUCACAAUUCUGUUGUGAAAACAAGGUUUUCAAUAAGAUAUUAAGUGAGAGACUGUUGAUUGUAGGGUAAGGUUUACGUUUGUAAAACUUGGUAAAAUUUUCAUUUCAGUUGUGGUUAUUGAAGUAAAAAGUGUGUCUGAUCUGGCACUCGUAAUGGGGGGGAUGAAAUCAUGGUUUUCUAUAAAAUAUGAAUUGACAGUCUGCUAAUUAUUAUUUGUAGGGCAAGGUUUUCGGGUGUACAAUUCCAUAAGAUUCUCAUUUCAGUUUUGGGUUUUGAAGUAAAAAUGGUAAUAUUCUGUUCCGGCACUCAUAAGAGGGGUAAAACUUUGUGUUUGAAUAAUAUCUUUCUAUGAAAUAUAUGAAGUGAGAGACUGUUGAUUAUUUUUAGGAUGAGAUUCAGGAUAAACUACUCAGUAAGAUUGUCAUUUCAAUUGUGGAAUUAUGUGAAGUAACAAGUACAAUACCACUCUUGAUAAAUGUCGAUUCUCACUUCCAAAUGAUUGUGAAAAUAUAAAUCCCUCAUUGUGAAAAUAUAAAUCCCACAAGUUCUAAUUGGACUAUUCACACUCAGCCCGGCCGAGUAAGUAUGAAUAAUACCAUCAUAACUUAUGGGAAUUAUAUUUUCACAGUCACUGUUGUGUGGAAUUCUAGCUCAACUGAACUACUCUUUGAUUAAUUGACGUUUAUCUGUAAAAUACGCGAGUGACUUUUGAUGUGUUUUUAACGUGAGGUCAACGUUUAUCUGUAAAAUACUCGCGAGUGACUUUUGAUGUGUUUGUAAGGUGAGGUUUAAGGAUAUUCGACUUAGUAAGAUUUUCAUUUCAAUCGGAGAAUUUGAAGUAACAUUUUAAAUUAAAAUCUAGUAUUUUGUAAACAGUGAAUACCUGUGUGAUUAUGAGUUAGUUACCUCAGUAUUAGCACAGAAAAUAGAAACAAUAAUUAAUUGUUGUUAAUCACACCGUGGUGUUAUCGAAACAACUUUUUCUUAUAUCAUUAUUUGAAAAAUUAAUUUUUGAGUAAGAAAUCAACUCUCUGAGAUUGAAUGCAGCUCAACAAGAUAGUUUUUUUAACUAUAAGCGUAAAUUCGAUAGAACUUGAGCUAACACAAGAGUAGUGCAACAAUAAUUUUUAGACAGUUUUUAAGAUAUUCUAUGUACGAAAAUGAUAGUUUUCUGAACAGGAAUUUCUAAAGAAACUAUUCAGUAUGAAGAUAGUAUUGGUCUAUAUUCAUGGUCACACAAUUUCCUAGAUGAAAUUUUGGACUGGCUUCCAAGUUUACUAUUUUAUUAAUGAACUGAUGAGUAUCCCAGUUCCUCAAACGCUGAUCAAGGUUGAUCUCUGAUCACACUUUGAUUGAACUUCAUUUUAAUCAAGGCUGAUAUCCAAUCACAUAACAUCUUGAUCGAAAUCCAUACAACUCAGUUUUAAUUCUAGUAACUAAGUAUUGUACAAUAAAUAGGUUAGUUUGUGUAAAAGAUUAUUAUUUUGUAAUGUAUUGAAAUAAAAUUUGAUAAAUCUCAAA